AUGGUGUGUGCACUAAUGGAGAAUGCGAAAGAUAAGUUCUCAGAACUGAUUGAUGACGAGGUGCCCGUGUUAUUCUGUUUUCUGUGUUCUGACUCCGGUCCUCCUGACUUCACUGACACAGAGUGGCUGGACAUGCUUAAUGGGAUACGACAGGACGUGUACGAUAAAGAGAAUCCUGUAACACGUGAGGAAGCACAGCAGACUCUGGACAAACUGAAGUCACGUGAUUUCCUCUGGGAAGAUAAGGAUAAGAUAACGGAGGAGACAAAAGACGAGACAAUGUAUAGGAUAGCAUCAGUAGACCGUGUUAUACCAUUCUGUUACAGUAGUUAUAACACAGCCAGUGUGUACCUGAGAUCACGGGGAUACAACAGAGAACCUGGAGAGAAGUGUGUCAAUAAUCCUGGCUGGGAUUCCUUACUGAUACACCGUUUACAGAUGAACAUCCUGACUCACGUCAUCAUGGAGGACACGGAGAUAUAUAAUGAGAUACACCAGAUAUUUAAUAUCCCAGAAAAUAAAAUCAAGAAGAGUAAAGGUGAACGAGAAAAAUUUCUAACGGAACUAAGAAGAGAAGGGGAGGCUGUACAUUACAGAGGAAGAUCACAGGACAGUGUAAAUCACGUGACGUGGCUCUGGAGAUACAAGUAUGGAGCGAGACCUGACAUCGUGAGAUCCUGUAUAGGUCUACAUCCACACAACGACAUUUACAUCAUCGACAACAAACCUCACAGAAAACCAA